AUGCUGCUUCCUCCUGUCCUUCGUAUAUCAUCAUCCCUACAUCGUUAUGCAUCUUCGUCUACUUGUAGUACCUUUGUAAAUCGUCUGCGUAAUGAACUGGCAGAGAUCAAAGCAGCUGGCACGUAUAAGCACGAGCGUGUGAUCGCGUCUGCUCAGGGCGCUGAAAUCUUUGUAAACGGCAAUACAGUGCUCAACUUUUGUGCUAAUAAUUAUCUUGGGCUAAGCAAUCAUCCCGACGUGAAUCAGGCGGCAACUGAGGCAAUUAGUGAGCGCGGCUUUGGUCUUAGCUCCGUACGCUUCAUUUGUGGCACACAAGAUAUUCACAAGCAAUUGGAGACAGCCAUCUCUGCUUUUCACGGUACAGAAGAUACAAUCUUGUACCCAUCAUGCUUUGACGCCAAUGCUGGUCUUUUUGAGGCCGUACUGAACAAGGAGGAUGCUAUCCUGACGGACGAGCUCAACCAUGCCAGUAUCAUUGACGGUAUCCGACUUUGCAAGGCUGAGCGCCAUCGCUUUAAACACAUGGACAUGAAGGAUCUGGAACAGAAACUCAAGGGCACACAGCACUGUCGGACGCGAUUGAUUGCUACGGACGGCGUUUUUAGUAUGGACGGUGAUGUAGCUCCGUUGCAAGAAAUUACCGCACUAGCAGAAAAGUAUGAUGCCCAGCUCUUUAUUGAUGAGUGUCAUGCUACCGGGUUCUUUGGACCUACGGGACGCGGUAGUGAUGAAUACUGCGGUGUGUAUGGCAAAGUGGACGUGAUUAACUCAACGCUUGGGAAGGCUCUCGGUGGCAGCACUGGUGGAUAUACGACUGGCCGCAAGGAGGUCGUGGACCUGCUGCGUCAGCGCUCGCGCCCAUACCUUUUCUCCAACUCACUUGGCCCGUCGGUUGUAGGUGCAUCACUGAAGGUUUUUCAGAUGCUCACCGAUUCGUCCGAGUUUGUGGAUAAGAUUCGUGCCAACACCCACCACUUUCGCGACCGUAUGACUGCUGCGGGCUUUACAUUGAAAGGAUCUCGAGAUCACCCGAUCGCGCCAGUGAUGUUGGGCGAUGCUCGUCUUGCGUCUAAAUUGGCUGAUGACAUGCUCAAGCGCGGUAUUUAUGUCAUCGGCUUCAGCUACCCGGUUGUCCCAAAAGGCCACGCGCGCAUUCGUGUGCAGCUCUCUGCAGCUCAUAGCAUCGAAGACGUUGACAAGGCCGUGGACGCUUUCGUCGAGUGCGGCAAAGCGCGUGGUGUAAUCAACUGA